AAGGCCAGCAGCACUUUCUGGGUCUGAGUGCGAUAAACCUAGAGGAUUUCACAGCUGGUUCAAGCAGCUCCUAUCAGCCAUCAAACAGCCUUCCAAAUAUCAUACGCUGAAGAUAGCCAGUCGGCUAUAUGGAUCAAAGGUUUAUCAUUUCCUGGAGCGAUACGAAAAGUGCACGAAAGAGCUAUACAAUUGCGAAUUGGAAAGUGUUGACUUUAUGAAUGCAAAUGAGGAAGUUAGACAGAAAAUUAAUUCCUGGGUUGAAAGGCAAACAAAUGGUGAGAUCACGAAUUUCUUUCGUGCUAACUCCAUUGACCGAUCAACUGCCAUGAUCUUAUUAAGUACUAUCUUUUUCCAAGGAAAGUGGAAGAUGCCAUUUAAUCCAAAAGAUACGCAAAGAGGAAUCUUUUGGACUUGCAAGGAUCAGAGCAUGUAUGUGGAUAUGAUGACUCAAAGGGGCAGAUUUAACAUAGCCAAUAUAUCGAACCCACCGAUGACAGUGGUGGAGAUGGAUUAUGAGCAUGAAGAGCUGUGUAUGAACCUUCUUGUACCAGGUGACAGCAUAUCUACAGAUGAGAUUAUAAUGAAUCUCACUUAUGAACAACUUCAAGAAUGGACCAAUCCAGAAAAUAUGAAAAGCGUACCAAUUAAAUUUUCCAUGCCAAAGUUCACAGUGCAAAAUCAAUAUCCACUGAAAGAUCCGUUUUCAGACAUGGGGGUGAAGAAUCUGUUUAUUCCAGGCAAAGCCGAUUUAUCUGGCAUGACUGGGAAUAAUCAGUUAGUUGUGUCUCAGGUUUAUCAGGCAAUUGUAUUUACUGUCAGCGAAGAAGGGUCAGAUGCAGCUGGAGCCUCUCGUACAGAGGUAGUUUCUGGGAGUCACCCUGAUAUUAAAAUAAAUAAGCCUUUUUUUUUUAUGGUGAGACAUAAACCAACCAAUAUGAUCCUGUUUUUGGGUAGGAUUUGUGUGCCAAACUGGAAGGUGCAUCCAAAAUAACAAAUGUCUUUCCAGAUGUUGUGAACAGUGGAGCCUUCUAUAUUCUUAAUUCUUUUUCAACUUGGCUAAUACCUUGUCUAAACUUAUA